CGAAAUUAUUAUUAUUUCUAAAAACAAACGAGAUCCAAACCAGAUAUGCAUGCAAUUAGCCCUAAAUGCUGCAGUUUCCGCUGCCUUCACAGUAAUAAUAGUUUAAAAAAAUGUUCAUCUUGAAUGUUCAUCUUCUUCAACUCAGAGUAGCGGUGCGACACAGCAGAUAACGGCAACGGGCGAUUCACUAACGUUUGUAGAGGUUGGCUCCAGAAUUUCUGGAAUGGCUGCUGUAGUUAUCUCGUCUGACGAUUCAAGUGAAGAUUCAGAGUUAAGAGCAAUCGAUGAAUAUAGAGAUGAAUCACCUACAAGGGAUUCCGCGUCAUCAGCUGCCAGGGUUCUUCCGAACUGGGCCACAAAACGUAGCAGCUUCUCUGACAUAGAUCCUUCUCCCAAAAGGAGAUCUUUUGCUAAUGGAAGCUCCUCUAAUUUUAACCGAGAAAGUGGCAGCUCUUCAAUGCCUCCCUAUAGUUUUGAUAGAUCUGGGGCGUCUAGUUCACGGGCUUUUGCUGAUGAUAGCCUCAAGUAUAAUGAUCAUGUCAAGCAUUCUCCACAACAGUCGUUGAAGAGGGUACUUCCCACACCAUUACGCCCUUCUGGCUCUUUUUCCAGAGCAAUCACUGUAGUCGAAGAUGUUGGUGAUACUCAUAUUCGCCAACCCCAAAAACCAUCUUAUCAAUCUGAGAGGACAAGUUCAACAGAUGCAUUGACUAUCUAUACAAAUGGCCAUUCCAGCAGGGGCACCAGCAAUGAGUUUUUUGGCAUUGAUAACCAUGGCAACAGAAUACUACCUUCAUCUUUGAUGCAUGGGAGAUCUGGUGUGGGUGCUUCAUAUACAGGAACUAGCAAUCCUCUUCAUCCUCCUGGGGUUGGUGAUGACAGAGCGGCAGGAAAUGAUGAAAGAAUAAUUUAUCAAGCUGCUUUACAGGACUUAAACCAGCCCACGAUGGAAGCCACAUUACCUGAAGGUCUUCUAUCAGUUUCUCUACUAAGGCACCAGAGGAUAGCAUUAGCUUGGAUGCGCCAAAAGGAGACUAAUAGUACACAUUGUCGGGGUGGAAUUCUUGCUGACGACCAGGGCCUUGGUAAGACUGUGUCGAUGAUUGCAAUUAUACUGCAUCAUAGGUAUUUGCAGGAUCGUAGUAAAGAUAAAAAUAAAGAUGUGGGUGUUAUGAAAACUCAAGCCCUGGACUUGGAGGAAAAUGAAGAAAACACCACUACCCAGGAGCAAAAGCAGAGUUCUGAACCUGAUGACUUUCAGGUGAUUACAGAUUCAAGUACUAUGAACAGAUUUCAUAGAAAGAGGCCUGCUGCAGGAACUUUGGUUGUAUGUCCAGCUAGUGUUCUUCGACAGUGGGCUCGAGAGCUUGAUGAGAAAGUCACCAAGGAAGCCAGUCUCCGUAUACUGAUCUAUCAUGGAGGCAAUAGGACUAGGAACCCUGUUGAAUUGGCAAAAUAUGAUGUUGUUCUAACGACAUAUGCUAUUGUUACGAAUGAAGUUCCAAAACAACCGGUAGUGGAAGAGGACGGCGAUGAACAUAAGUAUGGUGAAACAUAUGGUCUUUCUUCUGGAUUUUCUAAUAUCAAGAAACAGAACAGCGCAUAUACGAAAAAGAAAGGGAAACGAAGUGCGGAAGGAAUAGAUACAGAUCAUUUUGAUCCUAGUUGUGGUGCCCUUGCUAGAGUGAGUUGGUUUAGGGUUAUUUUGGAUGAGGCUCAAACUAUAAAAAACCAUAGAACGCAAGUAGCUAGAGCCUGUUGUAGUCUUAAAGCGACAACAAGGUGGUGCUUAUCUGGAACACCCAUUCAAAAUUCCAUUGAUGAGCUGUUCAGCUACUUCAGAUUUCUAAAAUAUGAUCCCUAUGCUGACUACAAAGCAUUUUGUUCUAGCGUCAAGUACCGGAUAGCUAUAAACUCGGUACAUGGUUACAAGAAGCUUCAAGUAAUCUUGAGGGCCAUUAUGUUGCGCAGAACAAAAGGUACACUGAUUGAUGGUCAACCGAUUAUUGACUUACCACCAAAAACUAUACAUCUGAAGAAGGUGACGUUCUCUGCAGAGGAGCGUGAUUUUUAUAAUCAGCUUGAAGCUGCUUCACGCUCACAAUUCAAGGCAUAUGCGGCAGCUGGAACUGUGCGACAAAAUUAUGCAAAUAUAUUAUUGAUGCUUCUACGUCUACGGCAGGCUUGUGAUCACCCGCUACUUGUCAAAGGACAAAGUACUGACUCUAUUAGAAGAACGUCAACUGAGGAAGUGAAAAAGAUUCCCAAGGAAGUUCUCAAGAACUUGUUGAAACUUUUGGAGACUAAAGCCAUCUGUCAAGGUUGCCGUGAUCCGCCCGAAUAUGCAGUUGUCACAUUGUGCAAACAUGUAUUCUGCUAUCAAUGUGUAUCAGAGUAUCUGACUGGGGAUGACAACACAUGUCCUGCUCCUGGAUGCAAAAAACAACUCAACACUGAUGCUGUAUUUUCAGAGGCUGUCCUUAAAAGAUGCACUUCAGAUAAAAUGGAUAAAGAUCCUAUGAAUUUGUCAGUACUGGAUGAUAAAUCAUUUUCACUGGGGAAGAACUUUUGUUCUUCUAAAAUCAAAGCCUGUCUUGAAAUUCUGAAGUCAUUUUGUAACUCAGAAGAGUCCAGCCAAGAUUUGGAUAUCUUGGUCCAAUCCGACGAGGAAACAUCAUUUUUUGAAAACAAAGACACGGCCGAAAAGACUAGAGGUCCAAUAAAAGCUAUUGUUUUUUCCCAAUGGACAGGCAUGUUGGACUUAGUUGAAACUUCACUAAAGAAGUCUAGAAUAAGGUAUGAAAGGCUUGAUGGCACUAUGAGUCUUGCUGCUAGAGACAGGGGAGUUAAAGAAUUUAACAGCAAUCCCAAGGUGACUGUCAUGCUAAUGUCAUUGAAAGCUGGAAACCUUGGUUUAAAUAUGGUCGCCGCUUCUCAUGUCAUUCUUUUGGAUCUCUGGUGGAACCCAACUACAGAAGAUCAAGCCAUUGAUCGUGCCCACAGAAUAGGACAGACUCGUCCUGUAACAGUAUCGAGAUUAACAAUUCAAGACACCGUUGAAGAUAGGAUUUUGACUCUCCAGGAAGACAAGAGAGCCAUGGUCGCGAAUGCUUUUGGUGAAGAUCAAGCUGGAGGCACCGGAACUCGCCUGACUGUUGACGAUCUCCGAAAUCUUUUCGGAUUACAAGGAAGAAAUUGACCGGUGCAUUAGGAGUAGAUAUCUAAUGGGUAAUGCUCCGAGCUAUGGAUUGAUGGGCAUUGUUGCGUCUCUGUGGUGGAUAGGGACAGGGACUACCCUAAUUUUGGACUUUUGGCCCUCCAGUUUGCAGAAAAGUCACCAGUCUGUUUUGGCUUGUAAAUAUUGUGUCAUUUGAGUUAUGUAAGAAUUAUAUUAUUUGGAGCAUUAGGCAUCGUCUAUAAUAAAAGUUGAGUUGUCAUGUAGGAGGUUUAUACAUUAGAUAUGUUACCUUGUGCAGAAGCUUAGGUCUUGAACAUGGUAAUCGCAGUUUAACUUUUUAUCCGUUGGAAAACUGAUCCUCCUGUGACUUGAAAAAGAAAGAGGAAGGGUGACAGAUGUAGGGGAUAGGGGUUAUUAACCUCCAUAUUUAGUUUGAUCGAAGGUUAUAUUUAGUUUGUACUGUUUACCAUUUCCGCGACUUGGGGUAUUGCUAAAAGUAUUCAUAACUGUUUCAAGCAAUAUAUAUGAUUGGUUGCUU